AUUGGCGACAAGUGGAGGGAUGAUGGAGGGUGAGAAGCAGAGGGGGGGUGGGAGAAAAUGCCUCCCCGGACAAUCCCAAUGCCCAAUGGCCCCAUCUCGCCCAUCUCCAAGCAUCCCCCCCGCCUCUCUUCUCCCCUCAGGUCCUUGCUAGAGCUCAUUUCCCUUCGACAAUGCUCAUUCCGCCGGAUGGAAGACUCUCCGCGGAGGGCUAUAAAAGCCCUCUCCUCGUCCUCCCCCAUCUGGCCUUGCUCCUUCUUCCUUUUCCAUCUCUCCAGGCCUCUCUUGUCUAUUCCCAUUCGAUUGAUCAGAUUUGUCCAUUGACCAUACAGCGUCUGAUCUCUGACAUACCAGCUCCUUC